AUGUUCGGGGCUAGUCUCAUUAAACCUUACAGGGUUAAAGGUGCCGCUAACUCUAGUGGCCUCGACAGGAAAGGUGCCGCUAACUCUAGUGGCCUCGACAGGAAAGGUGCCGCUAACUCUAGUGGCCUCGACGGGAAAGGUGCCGCUAACUCUAGUGGCCUCGACGGGAAAGGUGCCGCUAACUCUAGUGGCCUCGACGGGAAAGGUGCCGCUAACUCUAGUGGCCUCGACGGGAAAGGUGCCGCUAACUCUAGUGGCCUCGACAGGAAAGGUGCCGCUAACUCUAGUGGCCUCGACAGGAAAGGUGCCGCUAACUCUAGUGGCCUCGACAGGAAAGGUGCCGCUAACUCUAGUGGCCUCGACGGGAAAGGUGCCGCUAACUCUAGUGGCCUCGACGGGAAAGGUGCCGCUAACUCUAGUGGCCUCGACAGGAAAGGUGCCGCUAACUCUAGUGGCCUCGACAGGAAAGGUGCCGCUAACUCUAGUGGCCUCGACAGGAAAGGUGCCGCUAACUCUAGUGGCCUCGACGGGAAAGGUGCCGCUAACUCUAGUGGCCUCGACGGGAAAGGUGCCGCUAACUCUAGUGGCCUCGACGGGAAAGGUGCCGCUAACUCUAGUGGCCUCGACGGGAAAGGUGCCGCUAACUCUAGUGGCCUCGACGGGAAAGGUGCCGCUAACUCUAGUGGCCUCGACGGGAAAGGUGCCGCUAACUCUAGUGGCCUCGACGGGAAAGGUGCCGCUAACUCUAGUGGCCUCGACGGGAAAGGUGCCGCUAACUCUAGUGGCCUCGACGGGAAAGGUGCCGCUAACUCUAGUGGCCUCGACGGGAAAGGUGCCGCUAACUCUAGUGGCCUCGACGGGAAAGGUGCCGCUAACUCUAGUGGCCUCGACGGGAAAGGUGCCGCUAACUCUAGUGGCCUCGACGGGAAAGGUGCCGCUAACUCUAGUGGCCUCGACGGGAAAGGUGCCGCUAACUCUAGUGGCCUCGACGGGAAAGGUGCCGCUAACUCUAGUGGCCUCGACGGGAAAGGUGCCGCUAACUCUAGUGGCCUCGACGGGAAAGGUGCCGCUAACUCUAGUGGCCUCGACGGGAAAGGUGCCGCUAACUCUAGUGGCCUCGACGGGAAAGGUGCCGCUAACUCUAGUGGCCUCGACGGGAAAGGUGCCGCUAACUCUAGUGGCCUCGACGGGAAAGGUGCCGCUAACUCUAGUGGCCUCGACGGGAAAGGUGCCGCUAACUCUAGUGGCCUCGACGGGAAAGGUGCCGCUAACUCUAGUGGCCUCGACGGGAAAGGUGCCGCUAACUCUAGUGGCCUCGACGGGAAAGGUGCCGCUAACUCUAGUGGCCUCGACGGGAAAGGUGCCGCUAACUCUAGUGGCCUCGACGGGAAAGGUGCCGCUAACUCUAGUGGCCUCGACAGGAAAGGUGCCGCUAACUCUAGUGGCCUCGACAGGAAAGGUGCCGCUAACUCUAGUGGCCUCGACAGGAAAGGUGCCGCUAACUCUAGUGGCCUCGACAGGAAAGGUGCCGCUAACUCUAGUGGCCUCGACAGGAAAGGUGCCGCUAACUCUAGUGGCCUCGACAGGAAAGGUGCCGCUAACUCUAGUGGCCUCGACAGGAAAGGUGCCGCUAACUCUAGUGGCCUCGACAGGAAAGGUGCCGCUAACUCUAGUGGCCUCGACAGGAAAGGUGCCGCUAACUCUAGUGGCCUCGACGGGAAAGGUGCCGCUAACUCUAGUGGCCUCGACGGGAAAGGUGCCCCUUCCCCCAUUAGUCUUGAUCCUCUUUAG